AUGGUUUCAUUCUCAUGCGAGGUCUGCAACGACACGGUUAUUAAGAAGAAGUUGGAUCAGCAUCGUUCCAGGUGUCCUGAUGCCUAUUAUACUUGCAUAGACUGUUCGACCACCUUUAAUGGUGUUGAAUACCGCUCGCAUACUCAAUGCAUCUCGGAAGCUGAGAAGUACGAGAAGGGCUUGUACAAGGGAAAGAAGCAUAACAACAACGCUAAGCCUGUUCAAAAACAAGAGCCAAAGCCCGUGGAACCUAAACCUUCCGCCAAGCCAGUCAAGGAAACUAAAACUAAAUCCAAAUCGGACAAGAAGAAGUCCAAGACUCUUGACUUGACCAAGUACGGAGACGGUUCCUUGUACAAGAUCGUCAAGGCUAUCAGCAGCGAUACCAAGAAGGACAAGAAGGACGUCUUGAAGCUGCUUAAUGUCAAAAUCGUGGACGGUAAAAUCGUCUUGACACCUAACUAA